AUGGUAAUCUGGGAAACCUUCACCUCUUCAGCGACGCGUUUACCAAGUACUCUGAAACUUGCUCUUCGACCAUCACCUCUAGUUCCUUCUCUCCCAAAACAGAGAUCCAAGCACUAUGGAACGCUCCCGUUUCGGGUUCAGGAUGCAUCAGCUUCAAUGGUCCUUUUUAAUGCCUGCCCAUUACGUAUUGCCAACAGAGCUGCUGUGGUCGAACAGCCUGAUGUGUGGUAUCAAGAGGACGGCCCUCUCACUUACACCAUCUGCGAGGACUUGCAAGAAAUGUCUAGCGAGAAACAGCUCACCCAGUGCUGUGCAUGCGAUGAGGCUAAGUAUGAGGUUAGCUUCGAAGGUCUUUGGUCUAGACAAACACAUCCGAAAGAUUUUCCGGAAGGCGAGAAUACGAGGUUCAGUGAUGUUAUUGGAGCAUCCCACACGUCUGAAUACAGGGACAUGAGAACCAUGUGGAGUGAAGGAGACCUAGAGGAAGACCGCGCAUCUUCUGAAAGAACAAUAUACGGUAGGCGUUCUGGACGUGAGGAAUAG